GAACCUCCCCUCUUGAACCUGGGUUUUGAUCAUCAUCUUCUUCUUCUCUCAUCGUUGCUCUCUCAAUCACUCAUCUUUGACAGAGCUUCAAAUUAAUGGGGGAAGUAGAAGAUUUUGCAGUGACUCAGAUGAGGAAAGCAGUGGAGAAGCUUGGCUCUUCUGCUGAGAUGUAUGAAGGUCCAACGCUGAUGAGGUUCUUGAUUGCAAGAUCAAUGGACCCAAAUAAAGCCGCCAAGAUGUUUGUUCAGUGGCAGAAGUGGAGGGCUUCAAUGGUGCCUAAUGGGUUCAUUUCAGAAUCUGAAAUAGCUGAUGAAUUAGCUGCAAGAAAGGUCCUUUUGCAGGGUUUGUCUCAGGAUAAAUACCCUUUGUUGAUUGUUCAAGCCUGCAAGCAUUUUCCUUCCAAGGAUCAGCCUCAAUUCAAGAAAUAUGUUGUUCAUUUGCUUGACAAGUCAAUCGCAAGUGCUGUAAAAGGAAGGGAGAUAGGAAAUGAAAAGUUGAUUGCAGUUGUUGAUCUGAAGAAUCUCAUGUAUAAAAACAUUGAUGCACGGGGGUUCAUCACUGGUUUUCAAUUCUUACAGGCUUACUACCCUGAACGUCUAGCAAAGCUCUAUGUUAUACAUAUGCCUCAGUUUUUUGUGAGUGUAUGGAAGCUAAUUUGUCGUUUCCUAGAGAAGGCAACUCUAGAAAAGAUAGUAGUUGUGGGUAAUGAAGAGGAGAGAAGACAGUUUAUAAAGGACGUUGGAGAAGAGGUUCUACCAGAAGAGUACGGUGGAAGAGCAAGGCUUAUAGCUGUCCAAGAUGCUGUCUUGCCGCCGCUGCAGAAUGGAACACAUUGAUUUCAAGGUGACUCUCAUGGCGAUCACAUAUGGAGGAUUAUAGUUCAAAGCUUAUAGAGGCAGGCAUAUAUAUGGUGCUUGUAUAAUCUACCAACAAGUCUUCAAUAACUUACCGCUGGCAAACUGGAACACUUGUUUUAGAAGUAGAUAAUGAUUAAAAAUGAAUAAAGGUUUAAGAAACACAGGGAAUUAAUGUUUUAAUUGUAUUGUUUACUUUGUACAAAGCCA